GAGACAAAAGGCGACCGCAAUUGGAAACGCCAGAGCACACUCCAGACUCAUCUGCUCUCCCUCGAGACCAAUUCAUUGGUUUCUUCAUCCUUUUACUCACCUUCAACUGCUGAAGAAAAGAAAAGAAAGAAAACAUGUUUGCGCGAUCAGCAUUCCGGGCGUGCCAGUCGGCGCAGCCUUUGAAGCAUCAAACCCGCCGUUACGCCUCGCAACCCCCCUCCUCCAGCGGCAGCAGCAACACGCUCCUCUACGUCCUGGGCGGUGCCGCCGUAGCAGGCGGCGGCGGCUACUACUACUUCUCACAGAACCCAGGCGCCGCGCAAAAGGCCGAGGCCACGGUCAAGGAUGCUCUGCCAUCCGGCAGCGUCGGUGUCAAGAAGGCCCUGACGGGCGGCGACCAGGGUUUCGUGUCGCUGAAACUGGACGACGUGGAGAUUGUCAACCACAACACCAAGAAGUUCCGGUUCAAGCUGCCCGAGGAGGAUAUGGUGUCGGGGCUGGAUGUCGCCAGUGCUAUUUUGACCAAGUUCAAGCCUGAUGGGGAGAAGAAGGCUGUGCUGAGGCCCUACACGCCUGUCUCGGAUGAGGAUGAAAAGGGAUUCGUUGAUCUGAUCAUCAAGAAAUACGAGGGCGGCCCAAUGUCCACCCACCUGCACGACAUGGUCCCCGGCCAGCGCCUCGACUUCAAGGGCCCUCUGCCCAAGUACGCCUGGACGCCCAACAAGCACGAGCACAUCGCCCUGGUGGCGGGCGGCACGGGCAUCACGCCCAUGUACCAACUGUGCCGCGCCAUCUUCAAGAACCCAGACGACAAGACCAAGGUGACGCUCGUGUUCGCCAACGUGAGCGAGGAGGACAUCCUGCUCAAGAAGGAGUUCCACGAGCUCGAGAACACGUACCCGCAGCGGUUCCGCGCCUUCUACACGCUCGACAAGCCGCCACAGGAGUGGAAGGGCGGCAAUGGAUACAUCACCAAGGAGCUGCUCAAGACGGUGCUGCCAGAGCCCAAGUCGGGCAACAUCAAGGUGUUUGUGUGUGGACCGCCGCCCAUGUACAAGGCCAUCUCGGGACCCAAGGUUAGCCCGCAGGACCAGGGCGAGCUGACAGGUUACCUCGCCGAGCUGGGCUACAGCAAGGACCAGGUGUACAAGUUUUAGAGAACACAGGCUUUGUGUUGUAUAAAUAAUUAGAAGAAGGGGAAUCGAUAGAGAAGUUGACCAGGAGGUUUUUUCUUCCUCCUCCUCUUCUGCUUACCC